GUCAACUUUCCGAGUGAUCGAUCGCUGCAGUUCUAAGUGCGACACGUAUGUAUAAAACUUGGAAAUACUCAAAAAUAAACUAUCUAAUUCCAAAUUUUCGACAUCAAAGGACAGUAUUGAAAUUUAGUAGGGUGGAACUAUUGAACGUUUACGUGACAGUUUUUAUUACUUGCGCUGGAAAUCGAAUAGUUCUGCCACAUUAUAGAACAAACUUCAAGAGGGUACUCAAUGUUUCAACUCAAGCCUGCGUAUUUACUGAAUUUUAAGCCGCGCCUGGAUUUUUAAGCUUGAGCAAAUUUGUAGGAACAAGUGUCUAUGAGUCCGCAUCGACAUGGAACGGACAAUUGUCUUAUUAUAAGCGUCAUAUGUUUUUGACACAUGCCAAUGGCUUUGUUGUUUUGAAAAUGGCCACACCAAACAGAAGUGAAUCUGUUCAAAAACAAAUUCAACAAGAUUGGGUCAACAGAGAGUACAUUGAAAUAAUCACAAUCAGCAUAAAGAAAAUAACAGAUUUCCUAAAUUCAUUCGAUCUGUCAUGUCGUUCAAAACUUGCCGGACUGAAUGAGAAAUUAACAACGUUGGAGAGAAAAAUUGAUUAUCUCGAAGCUUGCGUCACAAAGGGUGAAACGUUGACGUGAAUCUAGUUCUAGCAUCAUGACCAGUAUCGUAACUACAAUUUUGAAGCCCCCUGCACUGUUGUUGGGAUGCAAAAGAACGUUGUUUCAUUGGAUCAACUUACAAUUCAAUGUUGUUGACGAACAACGUAUCAAACAAUUUGGAGCUGAUCGUGCAUGUGCUGAGUGGAUUUUGAGAAAUGGAGGCACAAUCAAAUGGACUAACACUAAUGAAUAUAUCAAAAAUUACAAUCUUCUUCCUCCUGAAGGGACAAACAGUCAUAUCCAAGAAGUCGAUGCCACAAACUCUAGCAUCAUGUACAAUGGUUUCGACCACUUCAAUGGGUGCCACUAUGUCACAAAAUUGAUUUUACAUAAAUGCCACUUAGUUGAUGAUCAAGCACUGGAGAAACUCCACUAUCUCAAAAAAUCACUUUUGUUUCUGCAAGUGACAUCUUGUAGCAGUGUUACAGAUAAAGGACUACUUGCAUUGAAUAGUUUGAGUAAUUUGAAGCAAUUGAUAUUGGAUGAUUUAUCAAGCGUGAAGAAUCAUGACAAGACAGUGCAGGCUUUGAAAAGCAGUAUACCCACUUGUAAUAUUCAGUACAAAUAAAUCUUUAUAAUCAAAUUACAAUUAGCCUUUUUUAUACCUGCAACUUCAUAAAUAAAUUCUGUU